GAAGUACAGACAUGAAUACCCCUGUGACGUCACCAGUUACACCAAACAUCACAGCUCGUUACCUCCGUAUAAACCCACAGAUCUGGCAGUGGUUCAUCACUCUCAGGUUUGAUGUCAGCGGUUGUCAGGUUACAGAACACACCGGUGGACGUGCUCGAUUCGAACGGAAAUCUGUCACGCUUACCGAGGAUAUGGUGUCGAUGCACACAGUGAUCCCCUCAAUGUCAGCAGCCGGAUCCGUACUGGACUGUGCCUUGGCAUGUCAUAGCCAGAGUACAUGCAUGUCAUUCACCUACCAAAUCACCAAUGGGGUACAGUGGUGUACUGGUUAUAGCGCCUGGAUUGUCGUACCUGGACCAAUCUCUUUAAACAUGCAUGCAUUCGUCAAUCAAGAUGUUCUGGACAAGUAUGGCUACAAAGAAGAUGAAGAAGCUGCCAUCUUGUACAAUAUCAUUGAAGUGAGAAAAAACCAAGAAAGCGCAUCGGCAACCUGUACUACAAUGUACACACGUUUAAUCAAAGUCAACACGACAUCUAUGAUGGAAAGAAUCAACAAUAUUGUCGCCGGAUAUUUUGUCCUGAAACACGAUUUCCGAUUCUACGUCUCCGGAGUCUACAGGUCUUCAGUUUGGAGUUACAGUGGAGAAGCAGAUGUAAUUAACAGUAACCUCUGGUCUACAGGCAACCCAGAUCAAGGUCAAGGUCACUGUGUUAUGUUGACACAGACAGGAUUAUCCAGCGUGGAUUGUCAGCAACAGCUCUUCUCCAUAUGUGGGAACUAACUUGUGGAAGAAUAGUGGAUAUGAGUGUCUGGUAAUAGUACCUAGAACUUUUUCAGGAUCAUUAUGUAGAAGAUGGCAUACGUCACCUGCAGAAUGUUGUUUACUGAUUUAGACUUUCGUUGUUAUUUAUAAUUUGUAUAAAAUAUACAAACUAAGUCUUUAAAUGAGACUUAAAGUGGCGCGAAUCAACUGUCUGUGACGUGACAUGUUACACAAGAGGCCACCGAAGGGAUAUGUGAACAGAGUUAUAUGUCAAAUAAAAAUCCGUAAUUAAAUUAUUGAAUUAAUAGAUGCAUACACCGGUUUUUGUUUUCCCAUGAUAAUUAAGUAAUUAAUAAUAUACAUUGACAGGAAUAUUGUUUUUCAGCUUCAUGCUGGUUACCAACUGGUUAAGAAUGUUCCUAUCAAUGCGUAAAUCUACAAAUAUUGUAUCCAUCAGAACGAUUUUUAAUCGUAUCCACAGUUGACAUUAUUUUCGAUUUGGCUGUUUUGUGAGAAUAAUUGGAAAUCAGAAAGUAAAAGAGGCUGGCAAGUAAGUAAUUAUCCUACAAUCAAACGAAUGUUUGUCUACUUGCGACGGCGCAAAAAUGACGCCGACUGUAUACUGUAACAAAGUCGAAAAAGUGUCUAAUUGGUAGCACUUGAUGGGAUAUUUAUUAUGGUUAUUUUCACACUGUUGUGCCCUACCAACCUUAAUUAUAUUAGUGUUAUAGUAUUUUUGAGCAGCCUGGAUAAAUUGUGUGAAUUCUCUAUGUUAUAAAGUUAAAAGUGGUUUGUAAAGAUGAAAGUUAUUGUAUAAAUGCUGGAAUAUGGCUGGUCAUAUAGGCCUAGGUUGUAGAGUUAAAAGUUGUUUCUACAGGAACUAGUUUGUCAACUCAGUGUUGCUUUUCAGCUGUUUGUAAGAUCAGCUGAUUGUGUCCGGGAGCAUUUUGGUUUCUUAUUGUAAAUAACGUUUACUACAAUCAGGGAGUGUUGAAAAUAAUGAAAAUUAUGUUCGAGUGAUACGUUGACAAAGUUUCAGCUCGAUCGGAGCUUGUUAAAUAUUUUUCUAGUAUUUUUGUGUAUUCCUAGUGGUGUUGACCUAAAUAUAGGGUCGCCGCCAUCUUUGUUUACAUUCACAACACAAAGCCAAAGAGGUAUCUGAUAUCCGAACAAGUGUAAGUUUAUAGGCAUGGUUUUUGAGCCAAGUCAUAUUAAGUUAGUUUAAAUACCUGGUCAGAAACCUUAUUGAUCCAUACUCUCAUUGGUAAACGGGCUAAUCUCGCUAUAUUGAGCGAUUGUUUGUGCAGCGUUCAUCUGCUUCCCUCGAGCAACUGUUGUAAAUGGCGGAACAGUGAACAUACGACAAACUCAGUUAUUUCACGAAUUCGACAUUCUUGAAAGCUAAAUUAUAGUUAGAAAAUGUUUGUAUGCAUUGUUAUGAUAAACUUCAUAAUGUUUCUGACUUGGAUAUUUUCCCAGUAUUUUAUUACGAACUUAUUGGGUAGAACUAUAUGUGUUGGCGUAAGCGCACUAUUUGCAUAUUAUUGCCGGUUGGGAUAGUAUGGGGGAUACGACGGUGAUUUGGUUGGGGAUGUUUUUGGGGAGUUUUGGAGAUACGGUUGAGGACGCGACCACUCCUUUUAUGGUAAUUAGGGGCGGGGCGAAGAUGCCUGGGGAUGCGAUUUCAUUCCUUAUAAGGUAAAAGGGGCGGGAUUGAGGAUACGCCGAAAAAGUAUAAAAGGCCGGAUUCAGCGGCGAAUCCUCAGUUGGGCAGACGACCUAGACCGGGUUUUUAGUGUAGUUUUCCGAUAUCCGCCGUGGUCAG